CCGAGUAGUUACGAAUGAGUCUAGCUGAUGUAAUCAUAUACACUUGCCGUGGGAAAACUCCGCCCACUGUCAGUUCAAGCCAAUCAAAACCACAAGAUUUUAGCUAAGGUUGCAAAAUUAUAGAUCUUUGAUCUGAUUUUUCCCAGGAAAAGACACAAUGGCUUGCGACUUUCUUGCAAACAAACCUGUCUGUCCUGUUAUGUUACCUAUAUUCAAUAUUUCACUUAUUCAGUAAAUUUAUUACAUUCCCAGUUUUAGGUGAAAGGCAGUUGGGAUACUUUUACGAUUUGUAGAUCUCUUAAUUUCUUAUUUUCAGAACUCACUACAAUGCCGUCACAGCAAGAAAUGGAUUUCAACACUUCGCUUCGUCACAACGUGACCGACCUCAUGACAAAAGCGACUACUUCGUUUUCCGUCAACACUCACAAGUCUGGACCUUUCUCUGUAUUCACAAAGAGACACAAACAAAAUGCACAAACUUCAAUUGCAAAUUAUAAUGUGUCCUCAAAUCGUGUACUAACACAUACGGCUCAGUCCAGUACACUAUACACUAUACAGUACAUGACUGAGUCUACUCAGAAACGUGAUACCCUGGACAAUGUUACUUCUGUCAUUGACACCACUCGGGCACACAAUGUUACUACUCCCAUUGACACCACUCGUUCGCGCAAUGCGCAGUACGGUUAA